AUGGGGGUGGGGAGCUUGAAGAACACAGGGAAAGAUGAGUCUCUUCCAGUUUUCACACGCUUCAGGAUCCAGUCGCAGGCUGAGCGAAGCAAAACUCCCAGGGAAACGUCUUCCCUGUGGGAUAGGGAGAGAGGUAAGAAAGCGCUGGUGAGAAUAGGAAAUGCUACCUGUGCGGGCCCUUGGCGCUCCCUUCCCGCCGCCCGCGGCUUCACAGUCAAGUCGUUUCUGCAGCUUAUCCAGAUAGUAACAUCUGUGUCCUCUCUCUUCCCGGCCAGCUGUGGUCCGGCAUGGACCCUCUUCUACUCAGAUUCAAACCAGCCUCCCCUGGAAACUGGGACAGUUCUGUUUGCAAAGGGCGGGCUGCAGCCUCCACAGCUGCCCGGACUUCUCAGAACCAGCAAGAGCCAGGUUGCGGUGGUUUGGAGCCCAGCGCCGAUAAUAAAUCUCCAUCCUGAAGCCUUUGACUGCCUCCGCGGGGAAUUGAAGCACAGCCUUUCCGAGCGCCCGCUGGCAGCCCCGCCGCAUUGCCAAGCCUUGACUCCAGGGCUCUGGCAGACGGCCUUUCUGGACCUGCCUUUUUCUUCACUUUUUUCCCUCCCCCAACCUCUCAUCUCACCUCUCCUUGAGCAUUCACAUUUCUAUUUCCAGCCAACUGUUUUUAACUCCUGGGGGAGUUCAGAGAAGACUUUAAAGGAUUUUGCAAUCUACCAGUGCGCCUCUCCCCUUGAACUUGGAGUACUGAGGAGGUGGGACAACAGGUUCCAGAGCUGGGCACCCACGCUUCUCAGUGAAAGAAACUGCCUGCACAGCUCAUCGUGCAGCAAGAAACAACAGGUGCAAAAGGCAAAGGCCACUUUGGAACCAUUUGGACCAAAGAACACGGCUCAGUGUAACAAAAGCACCCACAGACUUGGCACGCCCGCGCUAUUCUGCCUGCGAGAUGGGCCUGGAAUCAGACCACAGCCUCGAAGUCUACGGCUGCCGUUCCAGGUGGUCCCACCUACUCCUUCUCUCAACCGAGACGAAAGGCAGCUGGGGAGGGCAUCGCAUGAAGAGAUGGGUCGUGUCCAAUUCAUUUUUACUAGGUGCUGACAAGUCACUGCGAAAGUCUGGAAAUGUGUAGCACAGCAAAAACACACGGGUCACAAUGCACUGGUGAAUGAUUACCAGAGGAGAAAUUCAUUACAGGCUGCUCCCGGCUCCCAUCACAUAAGGAAGUCUUACAUUAACAAGAUGGAAGGUCCCCGCGGUCCCCUCCCCAGCCCAGCCCCCACUGCUGCCGCCUGCCACCCCACUUUUUCAAUUUGUGUUGCAUGGUGGGAGCAGAACCCAAAGGCGGGGGAAGUUUAUUCAGCUAUACUAAUCAAAAAGGGGGGCAUGGUGGCAGCCAAAGCCAAUGGAAGCAGAUUCGACCUGCAUGCCACAUGAAAUUCUCGCCUUGCAAUCUGAACCAGGUAUGACCACUGUAGUCUGGCACUGGUGGCGUUAAAUGUCUGUGGCAUUAAAACAAAAUAAGUCAUGUUUUUUAAUCUGUUCAUGGAAUUUGCUUCCAUCCUGGAUGCGUGUGGUUCCCCAUAGAUGUGUCCAGUUCUUGUGUCAGUUGGCCCCCAGGUUUUCCUGUGUUUCUAACCUUUCCUAACAUAGACAAAGACAGAUGUAGAUUCUCGUGGGUGCCAGCCCAGAAGCCAUGCUGGAGACUGUGGGAGGCGAAGGUGAAUGAGACGUGCUGGCUUUGGAGCCACUCUGGCCCCCAAAGUGCUGGGGUCCUGGGGACAAGGAGUCUCCACUUUGUGGUGGCCAAGAGGACAUUAUAGAUCCAGUGGCCUUUAAGUCCUUGCUAGUCCGUGUCACAUGCCGUCAUUGCCUCAUUCCUCUUUCUCAUCUCUUCUCCAAUGACCACUUCCCACGUUCAGGAAUCACAGGCCACAAGCAGAAGGUUAGCAAAGAGUCAAAAGCUCGCAGACAGAUGGGUCAAUAGCUCUUUAAUGAGAUUUCUGCUCCAUCAAGAUGCCAUUCACAUGCGGCGGGUGGGGGGGGGGGGUGUCAGCCAGCUGGAUCUGCAUUUAAAGUCAAAUGCAAAGCCAGGCAGAGACAGCCUGGUUCGACCUGGGAUGGGGCUGUCUGUGGGUACCUUCUGCCAGAGAGCAAGAAGCUCAGCCCCUUGGCCUCCCCCUGCCCCAAGCCCCAAGCCCCUCACCACUCAGAGGCACAGUCAAGUUCUUGUUGCAAAUGUUAACCUAGAGGGGGUGAGGAGCCCCAGCCAAUACGAUGAUAAAUAUUAAACUGCCCUGCCAGGACCUGGACUGAAAGCUGCCAUUUCAUCUUGCAGCUUUCUCUGGGCUUAAGGAAAAGAGAACCCGCCUCUCGCGGAAGCGCCGGAGAGACAUGCCCUCGGACUCCCCAGUGCUGGGGAAACCUUCAAAACUAUUCAAUUUGUCUCAGCCCCAUCCAGCUUUAAUGUCAGAGUCUACAUUUUCUCCUCUCCUCCUUUUUCAAAGCAGCCAAAAAAGAAAAUGUCACUGCAUUUGGGGCCGAUUCCAAAGCCAGGCUCACACGGAGCUUCUUUCUGUUUCAUUCUGUGCAGCUCCGGUGUUUUAGUGUCCUGUGGAGUCUUCGGGGGCUACACCUCCACACCCGCCAUUCCUGGGUUCAUUUGGCAUCUUUAUGUCCCUUUCUCCUAUAUGAUCCUCAUGUGCCCUCUUCUAAAGCCCCACCUUAGAAUUCGCAAAGCUCGCUCUGUGACUCUAGCCCCUGCUAAGAGGACGUCAUGUUCAAUUGCGGGGUGGGGGGGGGGAGCUUGCCGCCACCCCCUCAACAUCCUGAAGGGGAUUUGGAGGUUGAAUAGCUGAUGCGGAUAAAUGUCCCCUGUGCUGCCUUUUAGCAAAGAGUCAAUUUGGGGACCACAUUCCUCAAAUUUGUGCGAAACGCACGGGAUCGUCCCAAGCUGUGGCAGUUUAUGCAGCUCCUCUCCCCUGUAAGCCUUAAAGAGACUCUUUAAGCUGUGAAGGGCAGGUGGCAGUUCUGAUGAAGAUGACAGUCAGAGCACAUCCCUGACAGCCCCUGGCUCACCCAGGAGUGGGGAGCUGCUGCACUGAUUGAUACCUGGGGGCGAGGCUGUCAGCGGGGAGGACACAGGAGGAAGAUAAGGGACUCAAUCAGUGUCAGACCCGUCCUGACACACAGCGCCGUAAAUCACUUUGGGGAAAGAUCCCCAGCUGCCAAGAGUGGAGAAGGGCGAGCAGGUAAUAGAAAAACAGGGCCACAAGCAGCUGUGUGGCUCUGGGCUGGACCUGGCACCCGGCCUUGGCUCAGGAUGGAAAUAUCCAAAACUCAGAACUCCAUCCACCUGUCCUCAGCCAAAGAGGAGAUGCAGCCCUGAGUGAAUUGCAGUGGGUGAAUAUAAUCCAGAGUGAAUUUCGGAGCAUGAAUGAUGUCUCAGUAACGCUGCUAUAAAUAUAGAUAUUCCAACCAGGAGGCCAGGCCGACUGCAGUGGAAAUUCUCCAUUCCCCCCACCACCACCCCGCUCCAUGCAGGAAGGAGGAAGAGACCACUGCGGAUGCUCUCACUCUGUCCUUGCCCCUGCCCCCUCCACGCCUGGAGUGAGAAGCAACACACAGUGAGCUGGGAGGAAAACAGGGCUUCAAGGCUCAGCAUUUUGAUGAGAAAAGAUUUUUUUUUUCCAAUUCCAGGCAGCCCAGGACUGUACUUCAGCAACCCCCAACCACACUGUAGAUGUGAUUAGCUGGCCAAACCCAUUUUAGAGAUUGUCUUUCAACACAUCUUAAUUAGACAUUUAAAAAUAAUAACCUUUUUUUUUUUUUUUUUUAUCCAGGGGACAGAGAUUCCUAAGUUAGAAAUAAUGAACGGAUUAGUGAUUAAUUAAUUGCUGGCAGGUGUGGGGAGAAACCAUCUACAGCUUCUUUGCCUGUUCCCCCUUUCUCUCUUAAGAUCAUUCUUUCUUAUUUUAAUUAGCUCUUGCCACCCCACACUUCUGUUAUCAUAUAUUCAAAUAAACUAAACAAAUCAAGUGUA